AAUCCCAUCCCAGCAAACUCCCUCCAAAAGGGGGAUUUCGACAACAUUCCCCUCAUUGACCUCUCUACACUGAAGGGUUCCAAUCUAAUCGAGCGCAAGAAGCUUGCCCACCAGGUCUAUGAAGCGUGCACUCACGUCGGAUUCUUCUAUAUCAAGAAUCAUGGCAUCGCCGAAGAGCUCCUCGAUUCCGUUCAUGAAGCCGCUCGACAAUUCUUCUCCCUCCCCGAGGAACAUAAGAUGGAGUGCUAUCUAGGGAAAUCCAAGAAAUUUCACGGGUUUAGCCCUCUCUUCGCCGAGCUGUCUACGGGCGCUGAUUUGGAUGACCCCGCCGACCGACCUUCUCAGGCAAGUUUCUCCGAAGCAUUCGAUAUCGGCUACGAAACCCUUGGCGAUUCGCAGAAAGCGGCCGAUGAUCCCGCUCCUCUGGACCCUUACGAGCUCUACGGAGGCAACCAGUGGCCUCGCGAAGACAUCCUGCCGGGUUUUCGAGGAACCUUUCUCCGAUACUACGCCCAAGCACUAGAUCUCUCCCGAGAGCUUAUGAGGAUUUUUGCGCUCGCGCUAGAUUUGGAAGAACAUUUCUUCGAUGACAAGAUGAAGUACCCUGGAGCUAUGUCGAGGUUGAUGCAUUAUCCGCCCCAACCAGCGAACGGAGAGUUGACCGCUGGGCUGGCAGCUCACACGGAUUAUGAGUGCUUGACGAUCCUAUCUCAAGGUCAUGUGCCGGCAUUGCAAGUCCGCAAUAAUCGCGGUGAAUGGGUGCUUGCGACGCCUAUUCCUGGGACACUUGUGGUGAAUAUAGGGGACUGUUUGGCCACCUGGACCAACCACCGAUUUAAAUCAACCAUACAUCGUGUAGUCAAUUUGACUGGGGAAGAGAGAUACACCGUCCCAUUUUUCUUUGGCGUGGACUACGAUGUCACGAUUUCGGUCUUGGAAAGCUGCACCUCGGAUGAUCGGCCGGCUUGUGAGGUACCGUUUAAAGCAGGCGAUUAUGUGCGCCAAAAGCUAUCCCGAGCGUUCAUUGGAUAUGACAUGCAGCCUCCCGCCGUGAACUCUAAGGCUACUUAA